UUCAGAACACAUAUCAAUCUAAUUCUAUACUAUUCACUCUCUCUGUUUGAUGAUGAAUAUUCUGAAAGUAAUGAUGUUUAUGUUUGUGGUGAGUGUGGUGUUGCAGGUUGCUUUUGGACAACACCAUAUCAGAUGCCUUCCAAAAGAGAAGGAAGCACUCAUUCAAUUCAAGGCUGCCAUUGUCGAUCGUUACGGCAUGCUCUCCUCUUGGACCACUCCUGACUGUUGCCAAUGGGAGGGGAUUCGCUGCAGUAACCUCACCGCUCAUAUUAUAAGCCUCCACCUUCCUGGACAAUAUAAUGAAUCUCGUUAUGAAGUCUCUUCUCAGCGUUACAUCAGCGGAGAGAUCCACAAGUCGUUAAUGGAGUUACGACACUUACAGUAUUUGAACCUCAGUUUCAAUUAUUUUCGAGAAACUAAUAUUCCAGAGUUUCUUGGCUCUCUUACCAACUUGAGAUAUCUUGAUCUCUCUUCAUGUCUUUUUAGCGGACAAAUUCCAACUCAGAUAAGUUCUCUUUCUCAUUUGAAAUUUUUGAAUCUUGCUUAUAAUUAUUAUUUGGAGGGUUCAAUCCCUCCUCAACUUGGAAAUCUCUCUCGGUUGCAGUAUCUUGAUCUCAGUGGCAAUUCUUUAAAUGGAAAUAUACUUUCCCAACUUGGAAAUCUCUCUCGGUUGCAGUAUCUUGAUCUCAGCUACAAUUCUUUUGAAGGAUUCAUUCCUUCCCAACUUGGAAACCUUUCAAAUUUGAAUAAACUCUAUCUUGGAGGAUAUGAUAGUGCUCUCAAAAUUGUCAGUAGUGAUCAAUGGUUAUCUAAUCUUAAUUCUUUAACCCAUCUUUCCUUCAUUUCCAUAUCUAAUUUUAACACUUCUCCUAGCUGCCUUCGAACCAUUGCCAAGUUACCAAAACUAAGAGAACUGAGUUUAAUUGAAUGUGGCCUUUCCGAUCAUUUCCUCCUUUCAUUCAACCCUUCCAACUUCAAUUUUUCUACUUCUCUAUCUGUCCUUGAUCUUUCUAGUAACUCCUUCACACAACCGAUGAUAUUCCCGUGGCUGUCAAACACCACUUCCAACCUUGUUGAGCUUGACCUUAGUUGGAACCUCUUGAAGGGUUCCACCUCAUAUCAUUUUGGCUUGGCCAUGAAUUCGCUUGAGCACCUUGACGUCUCCCAAAAUGUGUUCAAGGGCGAAGAUAUGAAAUUAUUCAUGAAUAUAUGCACCCUUCGUUCUUUACACAUCUAUGGAAACAAUAUGACCGAAGACCUUUCGUUAGUUCUUCAUAAUUUCUGCAGUGGUUGUGUUAGAUACUCACUACAAGAGUUGAGUUUGAAAUCGAAUCAAAUCAGAGGCUCCGUACCUGACCUUUCAGCAUUUUCAAAUUUGAAAAAGUUGGAUCUUUCUGACAAUCAAUUGAGUGGGAAGAUACCUGAAGGCACUAGAUUGCCAUCUCAUUUGGAGCAGUUGUCAAUUGGAUCUAACUCUUUAGAAGGUGGUGUUCCAAAAUCAUUUGGGAGCACAUGUACUUUAGAGUUAUUGGAUUUGUCUGAUAAUAAGUUGAGUGAAGAUCUUACGAUCAUAUUUAAUCAUUUGUCUGGAUGUUCUAGAUACUCAUUGCGAAAUUUAUAUCUCCGUCAGAAUAAAUUCAAUGGCACAUUACCUGAUUUUUCAAUAUUUUCAAAGUUGGAAACGUUGGAUAUAUCAGGAAAUCGAUUGGAUGGAGUUCCAAAAUUACUUCACAAUGGUACUGUUUUGCGUUCAUUGAACCUAUUUAAUAACAGUUUAAGUGAAAACCUUCCAACAAUAAUGCAUCACUUAUCCUCAUCAUUGCAAAGUUUAAAUCUAGGCAUGAAUCAAAUUAGGGGUACUUUGCCUCGCAACCUCGCAACAAUGUUCCCAUCAUUAAAAUAUUUGUCCCUUGAUAGUAACAAGCUAAAUGGGACAAUUUCUGAAGAUCUUCGAUUUCCAACAGAACUUGAGGUAUUAUCCUUGUACUCAAACUCUUUGAAAGGUGUGUUAACUGACUCUCAUUUUUUUAAUAUGACAAAGUUAAGGACAUUGAUUUUGUCAGAUAACUUACUUACUUUUACUCAAAAUUGGGCUUCAACUUUUCAAUUACAUAGUAUUGAAUUGAGGUCUUGCAAGCUUGGUCCAUUGUUUCCCAAAUGGCUAGAGAAACAAAAUGAAUUUAUUUAUCUUGACAUUUCAAAUAAUGAAAUAUCAGGUACCAUUCCACAAUGGUUUUGGACCAAAUUUGGAUUGUCAAAUUGGAUGAGUAUUGAUAUUUCACACAAUAAUUUACAAGGUACGAUUCCAAAUUUGCCAAUAGAGAAUCAUUAUUAUUCUCUUAGUCUUGCAUCAAAUCAAUUUGAAGGUCAUGUUCCGCCAUUUUUACGAGGCUCAAUAUCUCUUGAUCUAUCAAACAAUAAAUUCACAAAUUCUUUUUCAUUUUUAUGUUCUAAUGGUGUAGCUGAAUCUUUAUACCAAUUAGACCUUUCAAAUAAUAAGUUUUCUGGACAAAUUCCAGACUGUUGGACCCAUUUUAAGUCAUUGGCUUACUUAAAUAUGAGUCAGAACAAGUUUUCAGGAGAGAUUCCUUCUUCAAUGGGAUCACUCCUUGAACUUCAAGUUUUGUUAUUGAGAAGCAAUAAUUUAACAGGUAAAAUCCCUUCCGUCUUGAAGAAUUGCACACAGUUGGUGAUGGUAGACAUAGCAGAAAAUAGAUUAUCAGGAUCUAUCCCAAAUUGGAUCGGGAACGAAUUAUCGCAGUUGCAAUUUUUAAGCUUAAGAAGCAACUAUUUCCGUGGGAGUUUACCGUUACAAAUUUGUUAUCUAAAAAGCAUUCAACUCUUAGAUCUCUCGCAAAACAAUCUAUCUGGACAAAUUCCUAAAUGCAUAAAAAACUUUUUCUCAAUGGCUCAAUUGACUUCUUUGAGAGAUUAUUAUGAAGGUCAUCAAUAUUUGGUCAACACUAGUGCUACGAAAAGUAACUUUUCAUAUGAUUUGAAUGCAUUCUUGAUGUGGAAAGGUUCAGAACAAAUGUUUACAAACAGCGGAUUGUCACUUUUGAAUAGCAUUGAUCUCUCAAGCAAUGAAUUAUCAGGAGAAAUUCCAAAAGAAAUUGAGGGUUUAUUUGGAUUGGUGUCAUUGAAUCUAUCAAGAAACCAAUUGACAGGGAAAAUUCCUUCAAAUGUUGGAGAGUUAACAUCACUUGAAUUUCUUGAUUUGUCACGAAACCAACUUGUUGGUUCUAUUCCUUCGAGUCUUGCUCAAAUUGAUCGACUCACUAUGUUAGAUUUGUCACAUAAUAAUUUAUCUGGAAAAAUUCCAACUGGCACACAAUUACAGAGUUUCGAUGCAUCGAAAUAUGAAGAUAAUGUUGAUCUCUGUGGACCACCAUUAAAGGAAUUGUGCAUUGAUGGAGUAGCAAGACAAGGACCAAUUAUUAAAUUUCAAGAGGAUGACAAUUUGAUUUUCAAUCGUGAAUAUUAUAUAAGUAUGACAAUUGGAUUUGCUAUAAGCUUUUGGGGAGUGUUUGGCUCAAUCUUAAUAGUACAUUCUUGGCGUCAUGCAUAUUUCAAGUUCUUAAAUAAUUUAGGAGACACUCUUUAUGUCUUGACAACAGUGAAAGUUUUCCGAAUCUGCUACAAAACAUAGCUGCAGAAGAAAUGGAAUUUGAAGAUUAGAAUGAUUGUGAGGGUACCAUGCUCAAUGGAUAUCGAUAACUGAGGAAGAUUUCUAAACAUUUAUUUUCUUUAAAUGUUUCUUUCUUCUCCAUUUUUAUUUUGUAAUGGUUGUUGAGGAAGCCUAUUGUGAUUGUGAAGUUGUUAGUCAUACAAUAAUUUGAUGAAUCUUCAAAACGUUGGAAA